AUUUUGUUUCUCCUCAUUGUGUCGACACUGCUGGGGAACAUGCUCGUGUGCGCUGCGGUAGUUAAAUUCAGGCACCUCCGGUCCAAGGUAACCAACUUUUUCGUGAUUUCUCUGGCGGUGUCUGACCUCUUCGUUGCCGUCCUCGUGAUGCCAUGGGAGGCAAUAUCUGAGGUGACUGGCACCUGGCUGUUUGGUAGAUUUUGUGGCAUCUGGAUAGCUUUUGACAUAAUGUGCUCGACGGCAUCUAUUCUUAAUCUGUGUAUCAUAAGCGUGGACAGAUACUGGGCUAUAGCUAGUCCUUUUAGAUAUGAACGGAAAAUGACCCACAGAGUUGCAUUUAUCAUGAUUGGAGUGGCGUGGACGCUGUCAAUUCUCAUCUCCUUCAUACCUGUCCAACUGAACUGGCACAUGGCCGACGAGGAGACGUCAGCGGGAAACUUUAGUAACCACUCUGAGAAUUGCAUAGCAAACUUGAACAAGACCUAUGCUAUUUCCUCAUCACUGAUCAGUUUCUAUAUCCCAGUGGUUAUCAUGGUUGCCACUUACACGAGGAUUUACCGUAUUGCGCAAACGCAGAUACGGAGGAUAUCCUCCUUGGAGAGAGCCGCCGAGCAAGCGCAAAAUAACCAACACCCAAACGUUUGCGCGCACGAAAACGCAUUAAAAACUGCUUUUAAAAAGGAAACAAAAGUGCUAAAGACCCUCUCCAUUAUCAUGGGAGUUUUUGUGUUUUGCUGGCUGCCUUUUUUUGUCCUAAACUGCAUGGUACCUUUCUGUGAUCCUCCGUGUGUAAGCGACACCACGUUUACAAUUUUCGUUUGGUUUGGUUGGGCCAACUCUUCAUUAAACCCUGUCAUUUACGCAUUUAACGCGGAUUUCAGAAAAGCCUUUACAACUAUUCUGGGCUGCAAUAAAAUUUGCUCAAGCAAUACAGUGGAGGCUGUUAAUUUCAGCAAUAAUUGGUCUCCUAUCACCACGACACAACGCUCCAAAAAGACGCACAAGUCUUGA